AUGGGGGAAGCUGAAGAUCAAGUAAACGACGCUACACUGAGUGGUCCAGAAGUAACAUUUGAUAAUUUGACUAUUUUGAAAGAAUUCAGCAAUAUAGCAAAUCUGGUACGAAAUGAAGAUUUUCUCGAAACUGUCCCAAAAGCUAAAUUAAGAAGAGUAAAAUGGGUUCCAAUGUUUAAUUGCUUGAAGCAAGGUAUUUUUGAUGAAAUGGUACAAGAAAUUAGUUCAAUGUGGAAAUUUGAAAAUAUGCCUGAAAAGUUAGAAAUUUUAGAAAAACAGAAAGAAAAAUUUUCUGAAAUCAAUCCUGAUAAUAAGGCUUGGAGACCACAACAUAAUGUUAAAAGUCAACUUAGAGCUUCUGACGUAGCUAACUUAAGAAAACAGAAAACAUUGUUGGAAUCUCUAGCAAAGGAAUAUGAAGCAAGGGCUAACAAAUUGAAAAAAACAGUAACUGCUAAAAGAGGCUACCUAAAAGCUUUACAAAUGGAUAUACAAAAAUACCAAAAGAAGAAUGAGGAAAUUGUUACUCAAAUAAAUGAAAAAUUAAGAAACCAUGAGAAACUUGUCGAUUUAAUUGAACCAAAUAAAAUUAACAUUGAAGACAUAAGUUGGUCACAAAAAAAUGUGGAUGUUCAAGAA